UAUGCUCAAGUUGUUGAAAUGGCUCUUACGGCUGAGCGGAGUGAAAACAAAAUUUGGAAGGAAAAUGCUGCCAGGAGAGAAUCUAAGAAAGGUGGAGCCAAUUCUAAUGACCACAAGAAAUGGGGACAGGACCAGUCCGGGCAGCCAAGUCAAGACAAGAGGUACAAAAGUGAUAACGACCAACGAUUUAACGGCAGCAGUGGGCGAAACAUUCUAGAAUGCCCUAAAUGUACCAAACGUCAUCUCGGCGAGUGUCGCGCAAAAGCAUGCUACAAAUGUGGAAAAGAAGGACACAUCAAACGCAAUUGCCCACUGUGGGGACAGACUGGGAACAGAGCAGAACCCAAGAAAGAUGACAAGUAUGUUCCAGCCAGAGUUUUUGCCAUCACUCAAGCAGAAGCUGAGGCCAGUCCUUCGGUUGUAUCAGGAUCUUGUUCUCAACAAGGAAAUUCGUUGAGGUGCUCGAGGUAGCAAGUGUGGUCUUAGCAACUGAGGUAAG